AUGGUGUCCCAAUCUGAAGGAACUGUGCAACCAGGUGAAACGUCAAAACUGGCCGGUCGUGCGUCAGCAUCUCCGCGGGUUCAGAACGAAAUGGUCCCCGCAGAUGAUUUUGAGCAAGACGAUACCGACUCAUCCCUCGGGAGCGAUACUGAAAGCUCCACCGCCUCGGUUUCCGCUAGCAUCCUUGAGUACCGUCGAAGGCAAGGGCGCACAUACCAUAGCGACAAGUUCACCUCUAAUUACUUUCUCCCCAAUGAUGAUCAACAGCGAGUUCUCGAUGUUGGUACGGGAAGUGGCAUCUGGGCGAUUGAAUUUGCCGAUCGAUACCCCGACACAGAGGUAAUUGGCACAGACCUUUCCCCUUGUCAACCCCAAUGGGUGCCUCCAAAUCUUCGCUUCGAAAUCGACGACGCAGUAGUUCAACCAUGGACAUGGAAGGAUGAUUACUUCGAUUUUAUACACAUCCGAUACCUUUUUGGGGCAAUAAAGGACUGGAGUGCUUUAUUCAGAGAAACCUACCGAUGUUGUGCACCUGGAGGCUGGUUUCAGUCGGCUGAGGCGGACGUCAGAUUCCGUAGUGAUGAUGGGUCCACCGACUUAGAACCUAUCUUCAAAACAUACCAGAAGCUCUUUGAAGAAGGCAGUAAGAUCAUCGGCAACCCCUUUUUCGUGCAUGAGUUGCAAGAGAAAGCUUUUGAAGAAGCUGGCUUCACUGGUAUAAAGACUGUGGAUUACAAGUUUCCGGUUGGUGGUUGGCCCAAGGAUCCAAAGCUUGCCGCAAUUGAUCAGUUUGUCAAGACUACGUUAGAGAAUGACUUAGAAGGUUACACUCUCAUGAUGUGGCAAGAUGUUUGCAAGUGGCCCGAAGACGAGUACCAUGUAGCGCUCAUGAGUUUGCGGAAAGCGAUUCAUAACCCCAAGGUACACAGCUACAUGACUGUGCGUUACGUAUACGGCCGCAAAUAG